CAUCCGCCGUGUUGGCGCGAGACUUGUCUGUUCCGUCGUUGAGAGACUGAACUCAGUGAAGGAGAAGAACUAAAACCGUCUUCAUCUCCGGCUGCUGGACGCGGCACCUGCGGAGGAACAGUGCUCACACAUCUGAACCUUCUCCUUCAUGCUGGCUGAUGGUGUUUGGACUGACUCAGGAUGAACUGUGAACUUCUGGCAACUUGCAGCGCCCUCGGCUAUCUGGAGGGCGACACCUAUCACAAGGAAACAGAUUGUUUGGAGAGUGUGAAAGACUUGAUCAGGUAUUUACGUCAUGAAGAUGACACCCGUGACGUCCGCCAGCAGCUGGGUGCAGGCCAGAUUGUACAGAAUGACCUUCUGCCUAUCAUCAUUCAACAUGGGCAAGAUAAAGCCUUAUUCGAUGCAUCUGUCAGGCUCAUGGUGAACCUCACUCAGCCAGCCAUGCUUUGCUUUGGUAAAGUCCCAGACGACCCGGUAUUCAGACAUCACUUUUUGCAAGUGACAUCUCAUUUACAAGCCUAUAAAGAGGCAUUUGCCACUGAAAGUGUUUUUGGCAUUUUAAGUGAGACAUUGUACAACCUUCUGCAACUGGACUGGGAGCAGAGACAGGAGGAGGAUAACCUGCUGAUAGAGAGGAUCCUGCUGCUGGUCAGGAAUGUGCUUCAUGUUCCUGCAGACCCCUGUGAAGAGAAGAAAGUGGAUGAUGAUGCCAGCAUCCACGACAGGCUGCUGUGGGCCAUUCACAUGAGCGGCUUUGAUGACCUGGUAAAGUUCCUGGCGUCGGCACAGAGUGAGCAGCAGUGGAGUAUGCACGUGUUGGAAAUAAUCUCCCUCAUGUUCAGGGAUCAGACCCCGGAAGCUUUGGUGAGCGCCGGUCAGGCUCGUUCAGCAGAGGAGAAGCACAGAGACUCUCAGGAGCUGGAGGCACUGAGGCAGAAGGAGCAGGCAGAGAAACGUUCUCGCACAUUACAAAGAGGAAACAGACACUCUCGCUUCGGAGGGUCUUAUGUAAUCAAAGGUCUCAAGUCAAUCGGAGACAAAGAUGUGAUCUAUCACAGAAAUCUUAAUAAUUUCAAAAAUUAUACUCAUGACACCGGCAAAUCAGUGAGACGUGUUCCCAAGAGGAAUCGUCAGGCCAAGGAAUGUAAGGAGAAGCGACGUUCAGCCUUAAAUGUGCGACUCUUCCUGCGAGAUUUUUGUGUGGACUUCUUGGAGAACUGCUACAAUCGCCUCAUGUACCUGGUCAAGGAAAGUCUGAUUCGAGAGCAUUCUCAGCAACACGAUGAAACCUAUUACCUCUGGGCACUCAGCUUCUUCAUGGCCUUCAAUCGUGGCAACGGUUUCCGUGCUGACUUUGUCUCUGAGACCAUGUCCACCCGCGCCUUUCACUUCAUCGAACGCAAUGUCACCAACUACUAUGAAAUGAUGCUUACCGACCGCAAAGAGGCCACUUCCUGGUCUCGCAGGAUGCACUUGGCUCUGAAGGCGUAUCAAGAGCUGCUGCUAACUGUGAACGAGAUGGACCGCUCACAGGAUGAAGGCAUUCGUCAGAGUUCUAAUGUUAUUAAAAGUAACAUCUUCUACCUGAUGGAAUAUAGGGAGAUUUUUCUGACCUUGCUGAGGAAGUUUGAUGAAACCAGACAACCUCACUCUUACCUCAAAGACUUGGUGGAGUCAACUCAUCUUUUCUUGCGCAUGUUAGAGCGCUUCUGCAAAGGUCGCAAAAACUUGAUGGUUCAGAGGAAGAAGGUGAGGAGGAAAAGGUCUCGAGGUGAUAAGAAUCUGCCAUCUCAGGAAACUAAUCCAGAAGCCCUGGCAGCGACCUGGACAAUUGUGGAGGAAGAGCUGAGGACCUCAGGGUUUCAGUUGUCUGAGUCUUUAACUGAAAGCAUCGUGCCAUUUGAUGCCACAUCUGAAACUCCUUUGGAGGAGCAGCGGACUGAGGCCAUGGUGCGAGUUAAGGAUGCCCUGCUUGCUCGACUGGGACCAGAAGCACUGGGACUGCUGCGUGCUGCCAGGGAGGUGUGGCCGGAAGGAGAUGUGUUUGGUUCAGGUGAUGUGGAACCUGAGGAGGAACUGGAACUUCUCAAGCAGAUCCUGCACGCCAACCUGCCAAGAUCCUCUCCGCCCGAGCCUGUGGUAGAGGAGGAGGAUGAUGGAGUAGAGAUAGAAGAAGAAGAGUUGGAGUCUGUCCAAGUUUCUGAAACCGAGUUCAACUUUCUAGACUUCAUCAAGAGGUUUGCCAGCCCCAAUAUUGUACGCCCAUACCUCAUCCUAUUAAAAUCAUACUCAAAAAACUUGCCGCACACAAACCACUGCAUCGCUCGAAUGCUGCACCGCCUGGCUGUUGACCUCAAAAUGGACGCCCUGCUUUUCCAGUUGUCCGUCUUCAACCUUUUCAACAAAAUCCUGAGUGACCCCGCUGCAGCUGCUUACAGGGAGCUGGUGACCUUUGGCAAGUAUAUGCUGAACCGUUUCUUCUCCCUGGCAGCACAAAACAACAAGGCAUAUGUGGAACUGCUGUUCUGGAAAAAUGUGGGAGCUGUACGUGAGAUGACAGAGGGCUACGGCAAAGACGGAGAGGGAGAGACUCCAGCGUGGACUGAAGAGGAGGAACAGGAGCUGCGCAAGCUUUAUGAGGAGCACCGCCAUUCUGAAGUGCCGGAUAUAGUGGAGACUUUGCUGCCAUUACUGAGCAAAAGCGAUCUUACACGACGCCAAGUAGUGACGCAGCUGGUGCGUAUGGGUCUGGUGGACAGCGCUAAGGAGUUGAAGAAACAGAAGAUAGGUACCAGGAUUGUCCUCUGGACUGAAGAGCAAGAGCAGGAGCUGCAGAUGCUGUUUGAGGAGUACAGAGAUUCUGACGAUGUGCUGGGUAAUGUCAUGAAGAAGCUCACGGCCAAGAGGUCCCGAGCACGUGUGGUGGACAAGCUGCUCAGUAUGGGCCUGGUGACUGAGAGGAGGGAACUUUAUAAGAAGAGAAGUCGUAACGCUCAAGGGAAGAGCUCAGGAAAAGGAAUGACUGAAGACGAGUUCCUGGCUGAACUGACACAGGGUUCGCCGGACGAUUCAAUGGACAGAGACGAUGAAGAGGAUGGAGAGGAUGAGUCUGAAGAGGGAGAGGGAGAUGAAGAGCCGGAGAGGGAAGAAUCAGAAAAUGGCGUCAGGAGGAGCCAAAGCGUGCACUCCACAGUGGAGAGGAGGGCUGAUGUUGGUGCCAUGGUGACCGCUCUGCAACAGGAAGGCAUGUCUGGACCCCUGUUGUGGCUACAGAACUGUCUCAACAGAACAGCAAAUGACCGUGAAGAAGAUCGUCUGUCCCAGCCUGUGCCACUGGUCCCUCUGACAGAGACGACUGAAGAAGCCAUGGACAACAGGAGCUUCCAGAGGCUGUUGCGCAAACUGGGGAUGCGUGCACCUGCAAAUGAACAGGAAUCCUUCUGGAGAAUCCCAGCAAAGAUCAGCAUUUCCCAGCUCCGGAGUUCAGCCGCAGCUCUUAGUCCAAGAGAGGAUGAGCCCAGAGGUGGUGAGGAGGAGGAAGACGGAGCCAGGAGUCCAACUGAAAAACUCCAGGAGAACGAGGAGGAGGAGGAGGAGGUCUCAGGUGAACAGAGAGCUCAGGCUCUGAGAGCUCUGCUGCUCGCACGUAAGAGGAAGCACCACACCACCGAGAAGACAGAUUUAACCCCGAUCGAGGACACAGAAAGUGCAGCUGAGAGGUCCCAAGAGAGGACCUCAGCUAAAAGAAGCAGAGUGUUGGACGAUGAUGAGGAGAAUGAGGACGAACCCCCGACUAUAACGGAAAUGGAUGCACACAGUGAUGCAGAUUCAGACCGGGUGGAUAUCUCCGCUCCUGUGAAGCGAAGACGGAAGAUGGUCUUGAUUGAUGAAGAGGAAGAUGAGGAUUAGUGAUGACCUUUUAAUGGACUGUAAAAGCUGUGGACGUGGGAGACCUAAAAGAAGUGGAUGUAGCUCUCUGGAGGGUUUUCAGUCCAGACACUAAAAAACGCUACUAAUGGAAUAACAAACAGCCCAAAGAAAUAGGCCCCUCAGACCCUCAGAUCUCUGUGGAUACAUAGAUCAUAUUCACAGUUUAAUUUUGCUGUCUCUUUCAUUUACCAAUCAACAAUUUCCUCUUUGCUCUAAAAGGCUGCAUUUGUACAAACAAUUUUGACUUGUCGUCCAUUAAAUAAUUUCACUUUGGAUUUCAGAGUUAAAUUCCUGUUAACUAAUAAAUAAAAAAGCUCUCUUGUCAAAAGGA